UCUCUCUUUCUGCCUAUUGCGAGUCGCCCAUCAUGGCGAAGAAGUCGUCAGCCGAUAAAGCGGCUUCUGCAGCCGAUGAAAAUGUGGAAAAGCAGCCCCAGAACGGCGAGGAGGAGCCGAAUUUCAGCGACCCCGAAGACUUCGUGGACGACGUCGACGAAGAGGAACUACUAGGAGACAUCCUAGCCACAAAACCGUCUGAGACGGAUGGGUAUGAGACUGUUAUUGUCGUCGAUGGAGUUCCCAAAGUCGAGCCUAAGAGGCUUGAAAAGCUUCAGUCUGUUGUGGAAAAAAUCCUUGGCAAACAUGGAACAAUUGUUAACAAGCACUAUCCCCAAGAUCCAGAAACCAAAGAAACUCUUGGUUAUGCUUUUUUUGAAUUUAGUUCUCCUCAAGGGGCAUUGACGGCUGUGGAAAAAGGCAACAACUACAAACUUGAUAAACAGCAUACUUUCAAGAUUAAUUUGGUGACAGACUACAAGAAAUUUGAAACUAUCUCUGAAAAUUGGGAGCCCCCAAGUCCACAACCUUUCAAAGCAUCUGCAGAUUUGCAUAGCUAUCUUUUGGACCCAGAUGCGUAUGAUCAAUUCUGUAUUGUAACUGGAAUACCAGGAAAUACUUUGGUACAAGUUUGGCAAAAUAGCCAGCCUGAACCAGUUAUUGUAGAAGACCGCCCUCGAUGGACUGAUACUUACAUCAAAUGGUCCCCAUUGGGUACCUAUUUAGCUACCUUCCAUAAGCUUGGAGUUGCGCUAUGGGGGGGUCCUAAAUUUGAACAACAACAUAAGUUUGUUCAACGCAAUGUUGAGUGCAUUGAUUUUUCUCCUCUUGAAAGAUAUCUUGUCACUUACUCGCCAAGAGAUGACUCAACUGAUAAGAAACUAACCAUGUGGGACAUCUUAACUGGACAGAAGAAACGAUCAUUUGAAGUUAAAGGUCCAUCUAUUUGGCCAAUUUUCAAAUGGUCUCAUGAUGACAAGUAUGUUGCUUGUAUGGUUGAAAAUGCUCUUUGCGUCUAUGAAACACCGUCCUUUGGUCUUCUUGAUAAAAAAAGUAUUAAUACACCUGGAAUCAGAGACUUCAGUUGGUCUCCCACUGAUAACAUUAUUGCUUUCUGGUUGCCUGAAGAUAAGGACGUUCCAGCUCGAGUCACCCUCAUGGAAAUUCCUAGCCGAAACGAGAUUCGUAAGAACAAUCUUUUCAAUGUUGCUGACUGCAAAAUUUUCUGGCAAAAAUCUGGUGACUACUUGUGCGUGAAAGUAGAUAGAUUCUCAAAGAAAAAAGAAAAAACCGAACAAAAAUAUACGGAAAGUUGCAAGUUCCAAAAUAUACAACAUUUCGCAGGAAUGUCAUAUAACUUUGAAAUUUUCCACAUGCGUGAAAAACUGAUCCCUGUUGAUAGUAUUGAAAUGAAAGAACCUAUUCAUGCUUUUGCGUGGGAACCUGUCGGCAGUAAAUUUGCCAUAAUUCAUGGUGAAGUUCCUACUGUCAACGUUAGCUUCUACGGAGUUCGUGUGGGAAAUCAGCCAGCAUUCCUUAAAAAAUUAGAAAAAAGAGCAUGCAAUCACUUGUUCUGGUCGCCAUCUGGUCAAUUCAUUGUUAUGGCUGGUUUGACAACCAUGUCCGGAGCGCUUGAAUUCGUUGACACAAAUGAUUUCACCAGCAUGAAUCUGACUGAUCAUUACCAGACUUCUGAUGUUGAGUGGGAUCCAACUGGACGUUAUGUUGUAACAUCAGUGUCAAGUUGGAAAACGAGUGUGGAUAACGGAUAUUGGCUUUGGACGUUCCAAGGUAGAAUUCUAAAGCGUAUCAACCUUAAUCAAUUCAACCAAUUUAACUGGAGACCAAGACCACCGUCUCUACUUACUCCGGAGCAAAUAAAGGAUAUCAAGAAAAAUUUGAAGAAAUACUCUUCACAAUUUGAAAGCAAAGAUAGAUUGAGACUCACUAGAGCUUCUAAGGAGCUUAUCGAGAAACGCCAUCAACUCAUGAAAGAAUUUGAGACUUAUCGUGCCGAACGUAUUGAGCAAUUUACAAAGCAGAAGAAGAGACGUUUAGAAUUACGUAAAAACAUUGAUACUGAUGAACUGGAUUCAGACACUAAGAAUAUGGAUGAGGAAGUAGUCGAAUUUUUCGUAAAAGAAGAAACUUUUAUUGUUGAUGACAAAUAAAUUAAAAUCAUUUUGUCAUCAUUACCCGCUUCAACAUCAUAUCCUCUUCCUCGUGAAUACUUGCAUUUUUGUUAAGUAAAAACAAGUAAGGGGAUAUAUAUUAUAUAGAAAGACGACCGCAACUUAAAAAAACACUCAAGCAGAAGAGAAUUUUUAGACGAAAGUAAUAACUGUCGAUUUUACGACAUAUUUUCAAAAAGUAAUAGAAAAAAAAACUUUGAAAAAAUUAUUUAAAAUUUAAAAAACGAAUACAAUGGUCACAUUUAAUAGUGAACCAUCUGUUUUCAAUAAUUAUAAUUAUUAUUACAUUGGCUUUUAUCAUAUUCCUUAUAGGAUAGCAUGCCAAAAGUAUACUGUUUUACCAACUUUUCAAUAAUUGUACCAUCUAACUUAAUGUGAAAAUAAAAUUUUUUAAAAUAAA